UUUCAUCUGGCAAAAAUGGGUGAACCUCAGCAAGUGAGUGCCCUUCCUCCGCCUCCAAUGCAAUAUAUAAAAGAAUAUACUGAUGAAAAUAUCCGUAAAGGCCUGGCUCCAAAGCCACCUCCACCUGUAAAAGACAGUUACAUGAUGUUUGGUAAUCAGUUUCAAUGUGAUGAUCUGAUUAUUCGACCCUUGGAGAGUCAGGGUAUUGAACGGUUACAUCCUCUGCAGUUUGAUCACAAGAAAGAAUUAAGAAAACUUAAUAUGUCUAUCCUGGUCAACUUUUUGGACCUCUUGGAUAUCUUGAUAAGGAGUCCAGGGAGCAUAAAGAGAGAGGAGAAACUGGAAGACUUGAAACUGCUUUUUGUUCAUGUCCAUCAUCUUAUAAAUGAGUAUCGCCCUCACCAAGCUAGGGAGACACUGAGAGUCAUGAUGGAGGUGCAGAAACGUCAGCGUUUGGAAACAGCAGAGCGAUUUCAGAAGCACUUAGAGCGAGUUGUAGAGAUGAUUCAGAACUGCCUGGCUUCCUUGCCUGAUGAUCUGCCUCAUUCAGAGGGAGGACUGAGAGUGAAAGUGGAAACAAUGGAUACUGAUGAUGGCUGCACCUGUAUGGGACAGAGCGAAAAACAGAGAGAGCGUUCCGGUGGCAAGAGAGAUCAGGUUUUGGACAAAGAUGCAGCUAUGUGUAGCAUUAUUGAUGAAAUGACAUGAAGGAAACACUUUUUUUUUUUUUGUUCACUCACAGUAGUGAGAGGCAGAAUGGAUUCUGAGGGUAUACAUUGUAUUUUGUUUUGCUGUUGUACAAGCAGCCAAAGCAUUUAUUGUGCACCUGUUAGUGGUUAUGAGUAACAAGGCAGAUGAAAAUGUUUAGUAUUUUGUGAGCUGUGUGUUUACUGGUAGAAACAAAAAAGUAUACUUUUUCUUAAAUGUAUCAUGUGAGGUGGUAGCCACACAUUAAAGUAAGUUUUUUGUGUUGUA